AGCUAUGGAAAUAUGUGGACUUAUGAGCGAUGUUAAUUCAGUUUUAAGAAGAGUGGUUGAAAAUGCUUCAAAUCUUAUAUAUGAUGUUACAAACAACGCUUGUGAGCAAUUUAACAGCGUUAUAAAUAAGUAUAUUUCAGGGAAACGAAUAAACUUUUCUUUAAAGCAAUCUUACAAUACAAGAGUUCAAGCAGCAAUUAUUUCCUACAAUACUAGUGGUAAUUUUCUUAGAGCGGUCCAUAAAAAAUUGAUGCACAAAAGCCCCGGAAUGGUCGGUAAAAAAUUUUUGAUAUCCAAAAAGUACAAACACGAAAACUUAAAAAAAAGACGUCUUUUUAAUUCUAAAAAAUCAAAGAAAAUAAAAUACACAGGACCAGAUGAAUUUUAUGGCCUUGCAGAACCGUUACCAAUAGAUGAGAGAUGUUCAAUAGAAGAAUUAGAAUUUAAAAAAAAAAAUUUUAUUCAAACAAUUACUCUCUCGAAGUAUCAACGGGAUGCUUUGGAAAUAGACACUCGAGAACAGAGUUCUAGUUCUAGGUGGUUUAUGGAAAGGCGUAAUCGUAUAACAGCUUCUGACUUUGGAAAAAUAUGCAAGAUGCGACCAACUACGUCGUGUAAAAAUAUCGUAGCUAACAAAUUAUACAGUACAUCUUCUAGUACGAACGAGCCAAUAGCAUGCAAAUACGGUAAAGAUAUGGAACCAGUUGCCCUGGAAUAUUUUGAAAACAAUAUGGGGACAAAGAUUCAAAAAUGUGGUUUAAUCAUUGAUGAAGAUUACCCGUUCUUCGGAGCAUCGCCAGAUGGGCUUAUUGGGAAUGAUAGCAUAAUUGAAGUGAAAUGUCCGUAUUCGGCCAAAGACUAUCCUACAGUUGAAGAGGCUAUCAAAGAUAAAAAGGUAAUACAUAAAGAAAUAUAGAAUAUAUUUUUAUAUAUUAGUUACUACAGCAAUUUAUUUUAAAAUUAUACUUUUUUUAUACUUAUGAUUUCUUAUAACUACAUAGGUGUAAU